AUGAAGCUCGCCGUCUUCAGCGCCAAGGCGUACGACAAGAAAUACAUCAAUGCCGCCCACGACGUCAGGAAGGAAGAGUUCAAGAAGCAUAACGAGAAGCUCGUCGACGACAACACUGACUUUGGCAUCAUCUACCACGACUUCUCCCUCUCCACCGAGACCGUCUCGCUCGUCAAAGAUGUCGAUGCCGUCUGCGUCUUUGUAAACGACUCCCUCACCGCCGACGUCGUCGAGGAGCUCCACAAGGCCGGCUGCAGAGCCAUCCUCCUUCGCUGCGCAGGCUUCAACAACGUCGACCUUAAGACUGCCGAAAAGUUGGGCAUCUUCGUUGCCAAUGUCCCUUCCUACUCCCCCGAGGCUGUAGCCGAGUUCGCCGUCGCCCUGCUUCAAUCCCUCAACCGACGCACCCACCGAGCCUACAACCGAACCCGCGAGGGCAACUUUAACCUCGAUGGCCUUCUCGGCAAGACUGUACAUGGCAAGACGGUGGGCAUCAUUGGCACCGGCAGGAUUGGCGUUUCCAUGGCCCGCAUCAUGAAGGGCUUCGGCUGCACACUAUACGCCUUUGACCCCUACGAGUCAGACGCCUUCAAGGAGCUCGGCGAGUACCUGCCUCUGGAGGAGCUCCUUCCCAAGUGCGACUUCAUCAGUUUGCACUGCCCUCUGAUGGAAAAGACGAAGCAUAUCAUCAACGAAAAGACGCUGAAGCAGAUGAAGCCUGGCGCUAUGCUCAUCAACACAUCUCGUGGCGGUCUCGUCGAUACCAAAUCUGUCGUUCACGCCCUCAAGACUAAGCAUCUUGGCGGUCUGGCCCUGGACGUAUACGAAGGCGAGGGAGAUCUCUUCUACAAUGACCACUCUGGUCAUAUUAUCGACGACGACUUGCUGACCCGUUUGAUGACCUUCCCCAACGUCCUCAUCUGUGGCCACCAAGGUUUCUUCACCGAAGAAGCGCUGCAGGAGAUCUCCGAGUGCACAUUCCGCAACCUCGAAGACUUUAUGCUGGGACGCAAGUGCGACAACUCUUUGGUCAAGGAAGAGUUUUUAAUGUCUCGCAGAGAGUCUCUCCCGGUGCGUAUUGUCUGA